CUUCUUCGUUUUUGCUCACACGAUUCUGCUUCGAUCUGUUUACCUUUUUAAAUCCCUUCACUUCACUGAAUUUUCUGCAUCUAAAUUUCAUCUGCUCCACAGUUCACACCUCCUGAAAAUAUUUUCCCUCUCAAAAUUCUCUCUUUCUUUCUAUAUAAUUCGAAUUUUUCUGUUUCAAGUAUUCGGGUUUUAUAGAUAUGGCGGCUGAAGAACAGCAGAGUAACGAUUUACUACCUGCUAAUCAUGCACAGCCACCGUCUCCGGCGCCGGCUGUAGCUACGGGUGCACAUCCUGCCGCUUUGCCUCAAUAUCCAGAGUUGAUUAUGAAUGCGAUCGAGGCGUUGAAUGAUAAGGAUGGCUCUAACAAAUCAGCAAUUUCAAAGCAGAUUGAGGUCACCUAUGGAAAUCUACCACCGGCCCAUUCAACCCUUCUUUCUCAUCACCUCAACAAGAUGAAGGCUACCGGGCAGCUCCUAUUUGUGAAGAACAACUACAUGAAGCCGGGCCCAGAUGCUCCGCCGCGACGUGGCCGUGGCCGUCCGCCGAAGCCGAAGACUCCUCUUCCACCCGGCACCGUUCUUCCUCCUCCUCGCCCCCGUGGCCGCCCGCCCAAAUCCAGGGAUCCAAAUGAUCCGCCGCCGCCGCCUAAGCCGAAAGCUGCUCCGAGCCCGACUGCUUCUGGCAAGAAACGUGGACGGCCGCCAAAGUUUACGAAAACUGGUAUUCCUCCACCUCCGCCACCUUCUACCGCAGUUGGAGCAGCAAGUGGGGUGCCAAGAGGCCGGGGAAGACCACCGAAAGUGAAGCCAGCCGUAGCUGCUCCGGUAGGGGCUUGAUUACAAUAAAACAAGUAGUUCGGGGGCUUUACUGCUAAUUGUUGUUUCCAUUUGUAAUUUAAUUUUUUAGUCCUUGUAGUUUGGUUAAUUUUAAUUUAGGUUGUGAUUGAGAGUGAGUGACUGAUAAUGUUGUUGUAAAUGAAUGGAGCGGCAAUUGAUGCAAAAUGUUCUUAGGGACAUUGUUUUCUAAAAAUCUCUUAUUACUUUGGCCUAAGCAUAAAAUUUAACUUAUAAUGUA